AUGGCCAGCGUAAGAUUAAUCGGUGCGGCUAUGCAGCAAAAUGUGACCUUUGGACGGGCGCUUCGGUUGAAGGCACUAAAAUCUCAGAUGCAUAUGCGCUGUCUGGCCACGGCGGCAACAGCCGGCAAGCACAUGAAGACACGACUCGUGGAUAACGUGAUGGUGAUCACGAUGGAUUCGCCCGGCGUUAAGGUAAACUCGCUCAAUGCCGAAGUACAGUCCGAGUUUGAUGCCAUCCUGCGCGAGGUCGAAACGAACCCAUCGGUCAGUUCGGCCGUUCUGAUCUCUGCCAAGCCGGGAUGCUUCGUGGCCGGUGCCGAUAUUACCAUGUUGGAGCAGUGCAAAACGGUCGAAUCGGCAACGAAGAUUUCGCACGAAGGACAAAUUCAGUUUGGCAAGUUGGAGAAAUCUCGCAAACCCGUCGUGGCCGCCAUCAAUGGCGUUUGUUUGGGUGGAGGGCUCGAGCUGGCACUGGCCUGUCACUACCGUGUGGCACUAAAAGACAAGAAGACGGUACUCGGUUUGCCGGAAGUGAUGUUAGGUCUCUUGCCCGGAGCCGGCGGCACUCAGCGACUUCCGAAGCUUACUUCCAUCCCGACGGCACUGGAUCUGGCCCUUACCGGCAAAUCGGUUAAGGCCGACAAGGCCAAGAAGCUUGGCAUCGUAGAUCUGCUUGUAAACCCGCUCGGUCCCGGAUUGAAGCCAGCGGACCAGAACACCCUCGAGUACCUGGAACAGGUUGCAAUUCAGGUCGCCAAAGACCUCGCCUCGGAAAAGCUAAAGGUGAACCGGCAAAAGACGGGCCUGGUGGCGAAGGUGACCGAGUUUGCGUUCGGCAUCGAAUGGGUCAAGAACAAGGUGUUCGAGAAGGCACGCGAACAGGUGAUGAAGCUUUCCGGUGGUCUUUAUCCGGCCCCACUAAAGAUUCUGGACGUGAUCCGCGUCGGUGUGGAUAAGGGUGCCGAGGCAGGCUACGAGGCGGAACGUAAAGGAUUCGGUGAACUUUCCCAGACAUCGCAAUCGAAGGGUCUGAUCGGGCUCUUCCGCGGACAGACCGAGUGUAAAAAGAAUCGUUUCGGUAAGCCAGCGAACCCGCCGAAAACGAUCGGUGUUUUGGGAGCCGGUCUGAUGGGUGCCGGUAUUGUCCAGGUCAGCAUCGACAAAGGAUAUCAGGUGAUAAUGAAAGACACGACCGAGGCGGGGCUGGGCCGAGGCAUUGGCCAAGUCCAGACCGGUCUGCAGGGUGCGAUCAAGCGCAAGCGCAUUAGUGCGAUCGAGCGCGAUCAGAUUCUGUCGAAUCUUACCUCCACGUUGAGCUACGAACCGUUCCGUAAGACUGAUAUCGUAAUUGAGGCCGUGUUUGAAAACAUCGACAUUAAGCACCGUGUAAUUAAGGAGCUGGAGCAGGUCGUACCGAAACAUUGUAUCAUCGCCACGAAUACAUCCGCUAUUCCGAUCACGAAAAUUGCUGCCGGCAGUUCUCGGCCAGAGAACGUGGUCGGCAUGCACUACUUCUCCCCCGUUGACAAGAUGCAACUGUUGGAGAUCAUUACGCACCCGGGAACUUCGAAGGAAACGGCAGCGGCGGCCGUAGAGGUGGGUCUGCGACAGGGCAAGGUGGUCAUCACUGUUGGUGAUGGACCCGGCUUCUACACGACGCGCAUCCUCUCGACGAUGCUGUCAGAGGCAAUCAGACUGCUUCAGGAGGGUGUUGAUCCGAAGGAGCUCGACAAGAUGACCAAAUCGUUCGGUUUCCCGGUCGGUGCGGCCACCCUGGCGGAUGAGGUCGGUAUCGAUGUUGGUGCCCACAUUGCCGUCGAUCUGGCGAAGGCAUUCGGCGAUCGGUUCUCCGGUGGCAAUCUGGGCGUGAUGGAGGAUCUGGUGAAGGCCGGCUUUAUGGGGCGCAAGUCGGGCAAGGGAGUGUUCGUGUACUCGGGCGGCCGUAGCAAGAACCGCGAGGUGAACCAAGACGCGCUGGCAAUCCUGAAGCAGAAGUACGCCCUACAGUCACGUGGUGCUAACAGCGUGGAGGACAUGCAGCUGCGCAUGGUGUCGCGCUUCGUAAACGAGGCGGUACUGUGCCUGGAAGAGAAAAUCCUUGACAGUCCGCUGGAGGGUGAUGUCGGUGCCGUGUUCGGUUUGGGCUUCCCACCAUUCACCGGUGGACCAUUCCGCUGGGUUGAUCAGUACGGUGCGGAGCGGCUCGUGAGCAAGAUGCGCUCGUACGCCGACCUGUACGGUGCACCGUUCGUGCCGGCCCAAACGCUGCUCGACAUGGCGAAGGAUUCGGGCAAGAAGUUUUACCCGAGCAAAUAG